AUGUCUGGUGUGUUUUGCCCAUUACAUGCUGGACUUUGGGGUCUAGCUCGAGCUUUCCGCAAUGAGAAUCCAGCGCUGAAAGUCUUGUGUUUUGACUUGGGAGCCACACAGGGACUUGAAGAGCUUUGUCAAGUGCCCGAAGCCUCAGGAGAUCUUGAAGUGGCUUUGCGGAGAUCGUGUCAAGGAGGCGAUGCCGCAUUCGUUCCUUUUGUUCCUCGUCUUCAAGAAGCAAAGCUGGAAUCCACGAGCCAGUGGGUGCCAGCAGGCGGGGCUUACAUCAUCACUGGUGGUCUAGGUGGUUUGGGAUUGACCUUCGCUUCCUGGUUGCUGGAACGAAGUGAACGAAGGGCAAAAGUGGCUUUGAUUUCUCGGAGUGGAAAGCCUCCCCAGGAUUGCCAAGUAGCCUACGGGCGCUUGGCUUCGAAAGUCUCAGUCCACAAGGCUGACAUCACCUCUGAUGCUCAAGUGGCUCAGGUCUUUGAAGCGAUUGAGACCCAUUAUGGAGGUAUCAAAGGAAUUCUCCAUGCGGCAGGAGUGCUUGACGAUCAUAUGGUUGCUGAUCUGCAACCAAAGCAUGUGACGCCAGUCUUGGCGCCAAAAACCUAUGGAACUCUUGUCCUGCAUGAUGCCUGCCGAAACUCGGAUUGCCAAUUUGCUUUAUUCUCAUCAGUAGCUGCCCUGCUUGGAACGCCAGCACAAGCGAACUACUCCGCUGCCAAUGCCUUCAUGGACUCCUUUGCUUCGUUCUUGCGUGACAACGGCCAACAAGCCGUGAGUAUUCAGUGGGGUCCAUGGGCUGAGGUGGGCAUGGCUGCACGGGCAAACACAUCAGAGUCAAGUAUUGUGAGAAUCUCGGCAAGAAAGGGAUUGGAGGCCAUGUCUGCCAUUUUGACAGCGUCUGCAAGCCUGCGGACUGGCAUCAUUAGUGUGGCUCGCAUCAAAUGGGCCACAUUGCUUGGACAACUGGGAACUCAAGCCCCUUUCUUGAGCAAGUUUACUGUUGCAAAAAGCACGAGCAGCAAUGUGUUGGGAAAUUACACAUUGGAAGAUGUGAAGUCUUUGGUGGUCGGGUCGUUGGCAGAUGCUCUUGGAACUGAUGACUUUGACAUUUCUACGCCAUUGAUGGAGCUCGGCCUCGACUCUUUGGCUGGUGUUGAGUUUCGAAACCGACUGCAGGGAGCUGUGGAGGGCAUCAAUCUGACACCCACUCUCAUGUUCGACUAUCCGACGGUGCCGGAUUUGGUGGAGUACAUUUGGUCCCAGGUUGGGCCAGCAGAAGAAGAAGGCAUUCAAGCUUUACAGGUGGGCAGCUUCAGUGACCAGCUUGCGCUGGCCAGUCACAGUGGACGUUUCCCUGGCAGCUUCUCGAAUCAUCCAGGCGACUUCUGGCAUACCUUGACAUAUGGCUUGGACACGACUGCAGAGCUGCCUCCAGAACGUUGGGACAUGGAUGCUUUCUAUGAUUCAGAUUUUGAUGCGCCUGGGAAGACCUACGUGAGGCUGGGACAUUUCAUUCCUGGCAUUGAGCAGUUUGAUGGAGAGUUCUUUGGACUCAGCGAAAUGGAGCAGAGAGGGAUGGAUCCGCAUCAAUGGCUUACAUUGGAGAUCACCUAUGACUGUAUGUUCGCAUCAGGCUUGACAAAGGAGUCGAUGAACGCCCUCGAGUGUGGCGUUUAUGUUGGCUGUGCAACUCUUGGCGGGAUCGAACCGAACAUUCCCGCUUUUGGGCCUUUCACAAACAUUGGUUAUGCGUAUUCUGGCUUGUCUGGCCGGGUGUCACACACACUCUCCCUGCGCGGACCUUGCUUCACUGUGGACACGGCCUGCUCAGCAACAGUUGUUGCGCUUGACUGUGCCAGCCAAGCAAUACGGUUGGGUCGCUGCAAAUCUGCUGCAGCUAGCGGUGUGAACUUACAGCUCUCUGCGGCCAUUUGGGUUGGCUUUGCAAAGAUGCGAGGGCUUGCAAUGGAUGGAAAUUGCAAGACCUUCGAUACCUCGGCCGACGGGUUUGCUCGUGGAGAGGGGAUGGGCUCAGUAUACCUCAAGCCUGCUGCACCUGAGGCUUUUUCUGUGGCUCUACUGGGUGGUGUUGCCACCAAUCACGAUGGCCGUGCAGCAACCAUCACAGCUCCAAACGGCACAGCACAGCAGAGAGUCCUGCGUGCUGCUCUUGCAGAGCGGGGAACUCUGCCGGAGGCCGUGAGCUGUUUAGAGUGCCAUGGCACUGGCACCGCCUUGGGGGAUCCCAUUGAGGUGGGAGGACAGAGUGCAGUGUAUGGCAAGAGCCGUGGCUCGUUCCUGCUAGCAGCCGGGAAGACAAAUCUUGGCCACCUUGAAGGUGCGGCAGGCGUUGCCGGGAUCAGCAAAGCAGUCCUUUCAUGCCAGCGGGCGCAGGUGCCAGCAUUGUUGUGGCUGCGCCAGCUCAACAACAAUAUUGAGCUCUCUGGGUUUUCUGCAGCGAUGCCAACGGAGCUCCUUGCUUGGCGAAGGGAGAAGAAGAUAUCCUCCGUGUCCUCUUUCGGCUUCAGCGGCACCAAUGGGCAUGCUUUGGUGGAGGAAGCUGAGGUGUCGGCCCCCCCGCCGAGAGCCAAAUAUGCCAGACGGAUGCUGCAGGCGUAUCACAUGUGGAUGCAGGACUUUUCCUUUCAAGAGGUUUUGAUACCAGUGGAGCUUUCUACGAUGGACAGCGGACAUGCAGACACCAUCGUCAUUGGAGAUGGUCCCAUUUUCUCAGCUGCUUCAAGCUGGGCAACUGCGAAAGUGCAGGGGUAUCUAGGUCCCGCAGAACUCGCAGACAUGCUGAAAGGGAAGACCGCCGUUUUCAUUUGUGACAAGAGUGCUGAAGUGCCUGGGCUAGCUUUGGUGCAUUUGAUUAAUUUCUUCAAAGCACUUCAUGAAUCCAAUGCCCACAUGGCCAUCGUGGUGAUCUCCAACCCUCAGGAGUCAUGCUUCCAGAGCACUGGGGCAUUUUGGGGUUUAGCCAGAUCAGCUCGCUUGGAACUGCAGACAACCAUCAAAAUCUUGGAGUGCGACAAAGCUCAAGUGGUUGGUGGACUGAAUGCGAUCUGUGCCAGCCAGGAGCUAGAGAUUGUGGGCAGUUCCCAGGCACCUCGGCUCCAGCGCUACGAUGCCGCGGCCUUGCAGAAUCGGGACGCGCUGCAGGUGAACCUGGGCACUGCUUUGCUGACAGGUGGGCUUGGAGGCCUCGGCUUGGUGGCAGCCCAAGAGCUUGUUGAGCUUGGGGCAUCGAGGUUGAUCCUGACAUCCCGGAGUGGAUCCUCUAAAUCGUCUGUCCGGCUGGCGCGGCUGGAGUCUGUGCCCAGUGUGGUCAUUCAGGUGAACAAAUUGGACGCGGGGUGCGCGGAGGAUGUUGCGUCAAUGGCUGAAGCGUUGGGGCCGGCGAGUGUUGACUUGCUGGUCCAUGCGGCGGGUGUGUUGGAUCGUUGCCCACUAGCUGAACUCACAGCAGACAGGCUUUCGGUGACAACGAGGCCAAAAGCAAAUGCCGCCUGGUAUCUACACCAGGCUUUCCAUGGGCUGAAAGGCUCGGUCCUUUUCUCCUCUGUCUCCGCUUUCCUGGGUCUGUCCGGUGGAGCGGCUUAUGCUGCGGCCAAUGGAUACUUGGAUUCUUUUGCUGUUUGGAGGCAACAGGGGACGUUUAGUUUGCGCUUGGGACCUGUCGCAGAAGUUGGCAUGUCUGCAGCCAGUGCCGACGCGAUGAAGGCCAUGCCACUCAAAGCUCUCUCAUUGGCGCAGGUGUCAAGCGCGCUGAGAGUGAUCUUGGCGCCUCCGCUUGGGAAGAUUGGUCUUUCGGAGCUGACACUGGCAAAGGCUGAUUGGGCUAUGUAUUUCAAGGAUUCCUCCGGCUUGGCCCCAGCUUUGAAAGAUUUCCAGGAGUUUGAGAACAUCUCAAGAACCGUUGAAGCACGGCGGAGUUCUCCAUUCGCAUCCCUCUCCCAAGAAGACCGAGAAAUGCACGUGCUCAAAGUCAUCCGCGAUGCAGCAAAGUCCAUGCACAUGGACAUCCAGGAUGAUACCCCUCUUAUGGAGGCAGGUAUCGAUUCCUUGUCUGCCGUGGAGUUCCGGGGCAAGAUCGCCAAUGAGUUCCGAUCUGUUAGACUACCGAGCACUUUGAUGUUUGAUCAUCCGACCUUGAAGGCAACUGCCGUUUACAUUGCCGGGGCAUUGGCAGAAGAACAUCAUACACAAUCAGGGCAGCGGACGGAACUUGCCAAGUUGCCAGUGACAGACGAAGUGCCAAUUCGAGGAGGAGUGUAUGUCAGAGGAGCAGCAUGUAAUUUGCCAAGUUGUCAAUUCUUGGAUUUUUCCUGUAGCUUGUGGCAAGGCACUGAUGCAGUGAGUGAAAUGCCAUACAGCCGAUGGGACACCGACGAAUAUUAUGAUCCAGCUGUGCCUACAGGGCUUGAGAUGUAUGUCUGCCAUGCUGCCUUCAUAGCAAACGUGGAGUUGUUCGAUGCACAGCUUUUUGGAAUUUCCAAGGCUGAAGCAGAUGCCAUGGACCCACAGCAGCGACAUUUGCUGGAAACCUCUUUUGCAGCUUUCACUGAUGCUGGACUUCCUAAGGCCACGUUGAUGGGCAAACCUGGUGGAGUUUUUGUUGGACAAGAUAAGUGCGAUUGGAAUCGCAUGAUUUCAGCUGCUCAUGCUGGUCCUUUUGCUGCAACAGGAGGCUCAGCAUCAAUUUCGGCCAACCGCAUUUCAUACAGUCUUGGUUUGAAAGGCCCCAGUGCCACAAUGGACACUGCCUGUAGUUCAUCGUUGGUGGCAGCUGACACAGCAGCAGUGAAUCUCAGAAGAGGCAGAUGCGAAUUUGCGGCGGUUUGUGGUGUGAACAUGCUGCUGUUGCCACAGACCUUCAUCGGUUGUUGUCAAGCUCGAAUGCUCUCCUUCGAUGGACGGUGCCAUACGUUUGACUCUUCGGCCUGUGGCUAUGCGCGAGGUGAAGGCACUGGUGCUCAGGUGCUUCAGCAAGUGGCCAAUCAAGUCUCGGAGGCCUCUUUGGCUUCCUUCUUGGGUAGUGCCCUGAACCAGGAUGGUCGUAGCGCAAACUUGACGUCACCAAACGGACCUUCUCAAGAGGUGGUGGUUCGUAUUGCACUUCAGGAGGCGGGAUGUGAUGCAGGAGACCUUUUUCAAGUCGAGACGCAUGGCACUGGAACUGAACUGGGAGAUCCAAUUGAGACGGGAGCAUUGCGUUCUGUACUGGCAGCACGCUCUUCUCCACUUUGUUUGGGAGCUGUGAAGACGAAUGUUGGACAUUUGGAAGGUGCAGCUGGGAUGGCCGGCCUUUCGAAGCUUGUCUCGCAGUUAUCAAAGUUGACCUUUGGUAGUGCCCCCAACCUGCACCUCCGACAGCUCAACCAGCACAUUUCUGAGGACUGCAAAGAGUUUGCGGCCAUUUUCAUCACUUCUGCAACAGCUUCAGCAAAGGCAAAAGUGCGUGCAACAGCCUCUUCCGUAUCCUCGUUUGGCUUUGGAGGAACCAAUGGGCAUGUAGUCCUUUCAUGUCCAGAAAUGAAGGCUGCGCCAGCAUUUGCAAGGCCCCAUGUGCAUUUUCAAGGGCGGCAGGCUUUUCUUUGGAGGGAGCCCGCUCAUCCAUUGGUCCGGCAAAAGAUCAAAGGGGAGGAUGGAGUUUGCAUUUUAAGCUGUCCGAUCGAUGGGCAUGUCCUGCAACUCUUGUCGCACCACAUUGUUCAUGGAGAGGUGGUUGUGCCUGGUGCUUGCUACCUGGAGAUGAUUUUGGCAGGCUUGAGAACCCACCUAGGACCCCAGGAGGCUUGGUGUAUUGAAAACCUUGGGUUUGCAAAACCCCUAGUCCUGCGACUGUCACAAGAUGGCCGACUGGAGGAGCCUGUGCAGCUACGAUUGCUGAUUUGGCCAGAUGGCCGCUUAGAGGUCGAAAGCGAAGUGGGGGACGACGAGAGCAUCACCACUCAUGUGGAGGCAAAUUGGAUCCAACUCCAAGGUGGGUGGCAGAACAAUCAGAUUGAAAAGGACAAGCAUGACUUGGCGAAGCUACGAGAAGAAUGUCCUGAAGAUGUGGACAUUGAGCUCAUGUACUCCUUUGGGGUGAAGAGCGGACUGCCACUGCAGCCACGCUUCCGUUGUGUUCGUCAGGUUCAAGUGCAAAAGAAAGAGCCUUCUGGACUUGCAAGACUGGAAAUGGAGCGUGAUGGUACUCAGACGGGAUUUUUGCUUGGACCAUCAGUCAUUGACAGCUCUUUCCAAGCAUUAAUGGCCUUGGCGGAUCCAGAUGUUGGCAUUGGCUCCUUGAAGAUCCCUUUGUCAAUCAAGAGGCUGCAGCCAACUGGUCGUGCCUACUCCAUCGGAAUUUGGUCACACUUCCAGCUCUUGGACUGGACGCCGCAUUCAACUGUUUUCAGGUCUUGGAUGGUGAAUGAUGCGGGUGAGAGUGUUCUGUACUUUGACUCAGUGCACUUACAAGAAGUCCGGGAUGAGCAUUUGCAGAAGGUGCUGCAAGCGUCUGGCCGACUUGGCGCUGAGCAGCAAGCUUUGUACUCGAGCAAUUGGCGACAAAUGUCUUUCGACCCCGUUGCCCUGCCACGAAGUGCUUAUGCUGGUUGGUUGAUCUUGGGCCGAUCCCAAGAUAUAAGGAAGUCUGGACUCAAAGAAGCAGGCUGCCUUUGCAUAACGUGCACAGCCCAUGGCCAUGAAGAAGCCGAGCAAGGAGCAGGUCACGAUCAUGGCGACUCAUGCAACUAUCAAGAUGAGUCGGCAUUGGAAACCAUCCUUCGCAAAGCCAAGUUGGUGAUUUUUGUCGGUGGCCUCGCGCAAGGCGACAGUACAAACUGUCAGAAACAUGGCACAGAAGACGUCGAUGUGCUGGUGCUGGCUCUGCACCUUUGUCGUGCUGCUUCCCGCACGUCAACCCGGCUCUUCUUUGUGACUUGCGGCGGCUCUGAGCCGAUUCAUGGAGGGCUCUGGGGCUUUGCGCGGACGGUUCGCUUGGAGGAGUCCACAAUUCAACUGACUUGUGUUCAUGUGGAUGCUGAAGCCAACUUGUUGGAAGCUCUUGAAGCUGCAACUGCUGCGCUUGAUGCUAAACUCGAAGAGGAACUAUCUUACCAAAAGGCCGGCGAGGCCUGGACGCUUUCGUGUAGCCGGUUAAGCAGAAGCACUUUGUCGGUUCGGGCUCCGAUCCGCUUGAACAUGCCAUUCCGGGGAGCUUUGACUGGCUUGAAACCCGUCCCACAGACACGACAACCUGUCGUGUUGGGAUCUGUGCAGCUGCGAAUCCGAGCAGUUGGUCUCAACUUCAGAGAUGUACUGAAUGUAAUGGGACUGUAUCCAGGCGACCCAGGGCCUCCUGGUGCGGACUGCGCUGGCACUGUUCUUGAUGUGGGAGAGCGCGUGGACCACCUCAGGAUCGCAGAGGAUGUUUUUGGAGAAGCACCUGGAUGCCUAAGCACCUAUUGUGUAGCUCCUUCGUCUCUCCUAACGCAGAAGCCUCCGAGUUGGUCCUUCGAAGAGGCCUGCACCAUGCCGGUGAUCUUUGUCACAGUCGAAGAGGCCCUUGGUGACCUUGCCCGACUCAAGUGCGGGGAGCGAGUCUUGAUUCAUGCAGCCGCAGGUGGUGUGGGCUUGGUGGCAAUACAAUAUGCAAAAUAUGUGGGGGCAGAGGUUUUUGCCACUGCAGGGGCGGAGGAGAAACAUCAAUAUUUGCGAAGCCUGGGUGUGAAAUAUAUUACGAGUAGCCGCAACGGAAGCAAAUUUGAAGAAGACAUGACAAAUUUCCUGGCCAAAGACGGCGCAGCGGGAGUGGAUGUCGUUUUAAACAGCCUCAGCCACGACGACUACAUCUCGCGCUCCCUCGCGUGCCUGAAAAGUGGUGGCCGGUUUAUUGAGAUUGGCAAAAGAGGCAUUUGGAGCCACAAGCAAAUGUGGGACGUUCGUCCAGAUGUGAUGUAUGAGAAGAUUGCAGCUGAUACGAUGAUGGAAAAGGAGUCUUGGAGGUAUAAUGCAUACCUGAAGCGACUGCUGAUGCGGGUCGAAGCUGGUGCGUUGAGCCCUAUCAACAUGCAUGUGUUCCAGGGCUUGGAAGAAGGUGUGCACGCACUGCAGUUUCUGCAGCGUGCACAGAACAUUGGGAAGGUGGUCAUCUCUGAGCCCAGCAAGAUUUGCCAAGAUGCUGGAGGCCUUGGUAUGCACCUUCUCAGUGGAGGCACUGGCGCUUUAGGAAUCGUGACCGCGCAGUUUUUGGCAGAAGAAGGAACAAAAAACCUUUGCCUCCUUUCACGAAGUGGGCGUGUGCCAGCAGAGGUGCAAACACGUUGGGAUUGGCUGCAGGCGAGUUGCGUCCAAGUUGUCAUCAAGCGGGGGGACGUGUCUGAAGAACAUGCUGUGAAGAUGCUCAGCAAAGACCUUGGCAAGUCAGGUCCAUGCAUGUCCCUGCUGCACUUGGCGGGUGCAUUAGCUGAUGCGAUGCUUCCAGCUUUGGACAGAGAAUUGUUUCAGAAGUCGUAUGGACCAAAAAUCCAUGGCCUGCGCCAUAUCUUGCGUCACGUGGAUUUCAAGGACUCGGCAUCUUUUGUGCUGUUCUCAUCAACUUCUUCCCUGUUUGGUGCUCCAGGACAGGGCAACUACGCAGCGGCAAAUUCCACACUGGAUGCCUUUGCUCCAUAUUGGUCUGCAAGAGGAAGUCCAACGAUCGCCGUUCAGUGGGGCCCAUGGGCUGAAGCUGGAAUGGCGGUGCAGAAGGGCACGGUUCAGCGGGCCAAAGCCAGCGGCAUUGGGUCAUUGAGCAACUCUCAAGGAAUGGCAAUCUUGGGCAGCGUUAUCUAUCAAAAGGUUCUGCCACCUGUGCAUGUGAUUGGCGCUGCCCACAUCCAAUGGCCAAAAUUCUUGCGCACUGCUUUCAAUGCUGGGGUGCCGGGAUUCCUUCAAGAUUUGGAGGCAGAGGCCGCGAAGACUACGGAUGGACCUCGUGAAGGAGAAUGGGUUGCAGCCUUGUCAAGCAUGGGGGCGGCGGAGCGGUUGGAGGCGAUCCAACAAAGAGUCAAACGCUUGGCAGAAGACGUGGUGGGCGACGAGCUCUCAGCUGAUGAUCCACUUCUAGAGUCAGGAAUGGAUUCCCUCUCUGGUGUGGAGUUCCGAAACAGGUUGCAGCAAGAGUUUGGCGGCAUCCGCUUGCCAAACUCAGCUGUGUUUGAUUAUCCCACAGCGAAUGCACUUGCUGGCUUUAUUGCUCAUCAGUUCGGUGAUAAACCGCAGGAAGAAGCGGAACCACAACCUGUUUCCGAGGGAAUUCCAGCAACGUCUUCAAUUUUGGAGCGCUUGAACGACAGGACAACUGGUCAACCCAUCUUCCUCGUGCCAGGUGCUGCCUUGCAGGCGGCUGGUUUUCAAAACCUGGCAGCUCUCCUUCCAAUGCCAGCUUUUGGCGUUUCGUGGCCAAGUUCUCCACGGGAGAGGUGGCCCAGCACAUUGACUGCGUUGGCAAGUAUGAUUUUGGAGGAGGUUCGUGCUGUAAGUGCAGCUCCGUACUAUUUUGCGGGCCAUUCCUUCGGUGCCUCCCUGUGCCUGGAGAUGGCCAGACUGGUGGAGGCCGCUGGAGAAGGUGUUGCCUCAAUUAUUCUUCUGGAUCCUCGAAGCUUGUUACCUGUGGAAGAUCCAGGCGGAUUGUUGGCACCCAAGUGCCUGCAGAUGAACGGCCUCAUACGCGUCAGCCAAGGAACCAAAGGUGAAGUGUUGCUCCAAGCGGGGCUUGUGGAGACGGUGGCGCUCUUGUCGAAGACCGUGGCCGAUGGUGCCCACUAUGCCUCACUGGUGGAGGAACUCCAGGAACAAGAUGCUGCAGCACAAACAGCAACCUUCAAACGUCUAGGUGCAGCUGCUGUUGCUACGCUGGAACAUGUCCAUCAAACAUUCCAUUGGUAUGCGACUUUACUAUCAGAUGCAUGCGAGACGGCACAUUUGAGGGCCAGGGUCCACUGGUUCCGCGCAGAAGAAGCUUGGCUGACCGAUGUGCCCAAUGAGGCUGCGAGCGCCAGGAUCGUGCGCAAUGUCCAGGCCCAAGUCUUCCAGCGUGAUGCCAAUGUAGCAGAGCGCUUGCGAGCAUGGAGCGCAGAGAGUGUGCAGGUGCUCGCAGUGAGUGGCGAUCAUUUCUCCAUGCUCCUUGAACCCCAUGUGGCGAACACAGCUAUGCGGAUAUGCUAUGCCAUGGUUGAGGCGGAUGUUCUUGAGGGGGAUAGUCAAAGUCCUGCUCAAAACCGAGCAGAUCAGGCAGUGAUGACCGCUCAAAGCAAUUCCAGCGGCCAUUCUGAGAGUACCUUGACUUCACUUGCCUCACUACAUCAGUCUCUUGAACAAGAGGAAUACAGAUGGCAUUUGCUCGCCUUUUCUGAUGCGGAUUUCGCCUUCAGGUGCGCGAUUAUUGACCGGUUCAGUCCGAUGGCCUGAAAACCAGGCAAUCCCACCAAUUCUAAAGGUUGCGCACUUUAGAUUCAGAAAAAAGAGUUGCGCAGAUUGAGCGACUUCCAGUAUAACCCUUUCC